AUGACUGUCGGAACGGAUGCAGAUCCAACGCAGAUCAAUUUUGAACGCGCCACACGGCAGCGUAGAGCCGACAAGGUUAGACGAAGCAACGGACCACGAGGAUCUCAUUGCAAUUCACUCAUGUUCUCCCUGCGAACAAUCGACAGCCGGCGAACAGUGACGACAAGGCCGGUUUCAGAGGGUCUCAAAAUCCGAAACACGGCGCGCAUGGAGGCGGCCACUCGCUCGCACGAUGCCCAGAAGCGCGGAAGCGCCGAUAGUAAAGAGGCUUCGACACGCGAGACCCUGACGCAUCUGACAGCCGCUUCGAAGUGGCUGUCCCGGGCUCUGACAACUCCACUGCGGCUUGUUCGGUUUGAUGUCGCACUGGCCUACGCCUUUCCGCCGUGA